AAGGAUUGUGACGUCACUUGGCUGACGAUUGCGGAAGUAGAGUGCUGCUUAAGCCUGCUAUGUCAGAAUCAAAACAGUGGCAAGACCUCUGAGUUAUAUCUUUGGAGAAUUGCAAAUAUUCAUAGAUGUUUAUUUGGUUAUCCUUAGCCAAAUAGUUGUUAAUUCUGCGUGUGACGGAAAACGGUGAAGGAGUUACAGAGCCCGCUGUCAGAAUGGAGGAACCUGGAGGUGCUGCAGCUGAGGCUGUGACUCCAUCCUCAGCAUCCAAAUCAAAGCUGGACACGCUGUCCAAAGACGACCUCAUCAAAUAUGCCAAAAAGCAGAUAGCUGCCAUGCAAAAGAUGAAGAGCAAAUGUUUAGAUUUAGAAAAGGAAGUUGAAUCCCUCAAACAGCAGCAAUCUAAACCCAAGGACAGCAACCCAGAUGACGCUGCUUUGUUUCAGGAGUUGACUGAGAGGAUGGAUGCCUUAUUACUGGAGAAGGCCGAAACUCAGCAAAAUGUUGCAGUCCUGCGUAAAGAACUGGAGAAGACUAAACAGCAAGCUAAGGAUGAUUUAGCGGCUCUUCAAAGUGAGCAUGUGCGUGUCAUGGAAGAGCAUCAAAGGAUGAUCAAGAACCUGGAAAGCAGCAUUCAGGAAGCCAACAGUAAACAUCUGGAAGAAGUGGCUCAUUUCCAAAAUUUGCUGAAAGAGCGAGAGGACGGUGAAAGGGAGAGAGAACAGCGGCAGGCGGAUUAUGCUAUUGAAAAAGAGAAGGCCGAAGAAGGAAGACGCGACUUAGAAGCUCAGCUGGAAAAGCUCAAAGCUGAACUGGAGGAUAGCCAAGAAAAAAAUUCUCUAGAGGUUUCCAAGGUACAGGAGAACUACCAAAAGUAUUUAACAGAGGCCCAGCAGGAGGUGGAGAAUCUGAAGGAAGAGCUGUCUCAGAAAAGUCUGCAGCAUGAAGAGGAAAUGAGAACUCUGGAGGAAGACUUUGAGCUUGAGCGGGAACGUCUCCUGCUACUCCACGAGGAGCUCACAGAGCAGCUCGCUCUCAAAGACAGCUACCUGCAGGAUGUUCAGGAGGAGGACGAGGAACCUCCCCGGGGUUCAGGAAUUGCAAAAAUGCUGGAGCUGUCAAAGAGAACUCAGGCGGACUGCUCUGGCGGUGCGGAGGACACUGAGAGCAGCAGGCUGGCGGCAGCUUUGGAGGAUCUUCAGGCCCAGAAUACCAUGUUACAGGAUGAGCUCACGCUUCUCGGUAACCUGAAAGGUGAGCUUGAAGCGGAGCUGGAACGAGCAAAGGAAGAGUUCCAAGUGGAAAGGGAAGAGCUGGAGUUCAAAAUCAACGAGCUGCAGCUCACCAAGGACAGUCCAUCCACUGAACCUACAGUGACUCUAGAUCCUCACCGUCAACAUGAAGAAUUGAAAGAGUCGACGAUUGACCCGACACAAGAACAAAGCUCCCUGAAACCUGAGGAGCAGCAAGAUUUGAGCCUGGAGCUGAGAACUGAGGCCUUGAUCAGAGAGCGAGACUCUGCCUUGACUGAGUGCCAACACAUGAGGAGCAUCCUUCAAAGCAUUGAGACGGAGCUGAGUGAGAAGACGAAGGAUUUUGUUCUGCAGUAUCAAGCAAUGAAAGAACAGGGAGCUAGUAAAGUCCAAGAACUUCAAGAUACGAUUGAAAAGCUCAAUCAAGAGAGAGAUGACGUUUUGUCCAAAAUGAAUGACGUGAUGGAGGAGAAAAACACUCUAAUGAAAGAUAUACAAGACCUUAAGCAGAAGCUGGAAUCUCCACCUGUUGAAGAACUGCACUCAUCUGGGGAGGAACAAGCUACGUUAGCCGGGAAACCCAAACAAUCUGUAGAGGAUUUGAUCCAGCAGAAUGAGGAAAUCCUCUCCCAGGUGGAGGUGAAGGAGAACACCAUUCAAGAUUUAAAGAAUUCGGUCAGUGCGCUGAAAGAGGAGCGAGACACAAUACAGAACUUCCUAAAUCUCAAGGAGGAUGAAAUGCGGAACCUCAACGAGGAGCGAACAAAAGUAAUGGAGAAGCUGGAGCAGGAAAAAGCUAAAGAGGUUCUGAUGAUCAGAGAGGAAAAAGAAAACGAGCUGGAAAAUUUGAAAGCAGAAACCCAAGAGAAGGUAAAACACCUCGAAGAGGAGCAAGAAAACUUAAAAGAGAGCCUGAAACAGGAGCUGGCGAAGAAAGAAGAAACACUUUCUAAGUUGGAGGCAGCAAUCAAAGAGAUGUCUGCUGAAAAUGAUAAUCUCCAUCAAAGGUUGGAAGCAGUUUUAGUGGAGCUUUCCACUGCUCAAAAAGAGAAUGAACUUCUGGGCUCCAAGUUAUCAGCUCUGGAAGUUCAGCUUGAGCGGGAAGCAACUGAAAAACAAGAGCUAGAAGAAAAGUUGAAAUCAGUGACAGAAGAUGCAGCACGGAGCUUCGCGUCCAUGCAGGCGCUGGAGGAAAACCAUUCUCAAGUACUCCGAAACUCCACUGAUGAAGUUGAAGAGCUGCGAGUGCGUGUUGGGGAGCUGGAGCAGGAGAGGAGCCUGUUGAAGAACACUCUUGAGGAAGCUCAGAGUGAAAAUAAAGUAGAGGAGGUGCAGACGGAUCUACAGGCGCACAUCAGAGACCUGGAGAAGGAGAGAGACAUGCUGAAAGGGAACCUGGAGGAGGUGGUUAAUGACAUGGAGGGGCUCCAGAAAGACCUUCAGGAGAUGAAAACGCUCAAUGAAAAGGUUUCUGAUGAGAACCAGACGUUACAGGCUCAGGCUUCUCAGCUGAAUGAAGCAAAGGUGGAGAUGGAGAAAAUGAUGGAGAACUUGGAGAAAGAGACCAAAGAUCUCAGAGAUCAGCUAACAGAGAAGGACUCGCUCAUAUCUCAGCUGAGGGGGGAGGUGGCUGCUCUCCAGGAGUCUGCUGUCCAGUCUGCUUCCUCGGAGGAAAAUAAAUCUGAGAUGACAGACAGGAUAGCUUUGCUACAAAAAGAAAUCAAGGAAAAGGAUGAGAAGAUGAAUAAAAUCAAGGCAGUUGCUGUCAAAGCAAAGAAGGAGUUGGACAUCCAUAAGAAAGAGGUUUUGGCUCUUAAAGCGGAAGUGGAAUCACUGAAAGCAGAGAGGGAGAAAGUAAACAGUUCAAUGAAGGAUAUCAUCCAUAGUGCUGAAGGCUACAAGAAUCUGCAAAUAGAUUAUGACAAACAAACGGAGCAACUGGAUCUGCAGAAGGAGAAGGUGGAGGCUGCGGAGAGACAGAUUGCUGAGCUGACCAAACAACUCAGCAGCGCUGUCACACAGGGGGAAACCUUAAAUAGUGAGAAGGAGGACUUGAAUGCCGGUUUGGAGACGGCGAGGAGCACGGUGAGGCAGCUGGAGACCAAGAACCAGGAGCUGCAGAAACAGUUAGCAAGUCUGGACAGAGAUCUGUUGGCUGAGAGAGCAAUGAAAGAACAAAAGCUGAAGGACUUGGCAUCUGCCACAAAGGAGGUGGAAGAACUGACAGCACAGCUCCGCAAGCAACAGGAGCAGUCUCAGCAGACCGCUCAGGAGCUGGAGCAACUGCGCAAGGAGGCCCAGCAGAACUCCCUGAUGGACAUGGAGAUGGCUGAUUAUGAGCGUCUGGUGAAGGAAUUAAAUGGCAAACUUGCCGACAAAGACGAGCACGUUAAAGACUUAAAGACCCAGAUUAACACUCUCACCCAGAAGCAGGAGGCAUUCAAGAAAGAAAUAGAGACUCUAAAAUCCCAGGUGGAUAAUGAAGAAGAGAAGUGCUCUAAGAUGAAACAGCUGCUGGUGAAAACUAAGAAAGACUUGGCUGACGCCAAGAAACAGGAAAGCUCCCUCAUGAUGCAGCAGGCGUCUCUGAAAGGAGAACUGGAGGCCAACCAGCAACACUUUGAAAGCUCAAAGAUUGAGAUUUCUGAGCUGACCGCCGAGCGCCAUCACCUGCAGGAGCAGCUGAGGUCAGCGCUGGAGCAGCAGCAAAGAACCAGCAACUCCUUGCAGCAGCGCAUACACAGUCUGCAGCAGGACAGAGACGCCGCCAAGGCUGAGCUUUUGGAAACAACAACUGAGUUUGAGAGUUAUAAAGUGCGAGUCCACAAUGUUCUCAAGCAGCAGAAGAACAAAGCCAGCGCUCAGAGUGAAGGAGACGCUUUUAAACUGGAGAGGGAGCAGUUGACCUCUCAGAUAGAGCAGCUGAGGAUCAGACUGUCGGAGAGCCAGCAGAGCCUGCAGAGCAGCACGGCAGAGCUGCAGCAGCUCCAGACCGAGCAUGACACUCUCCUGGAGAGGCACAACAAAAUCCUCCAGGAAAAUGUUAGCAAGGAGGCUGAACUCCGUGAGAGGCUUUUGUCUUUGCAGUCAGAGAAUGUGUCUCUGCGGUCAGAUCUGUCCCAGGCUCAGGCCGACCUCUCGUCCCAGGUUGAAACCCAGCGGCAGACUUACAGGGACCAGCUGAGGAAGCUGCAGGACGACCACCGGGCCACUGUGGAGACCCUGCAGAGACAGCUGACACGCGUCGAGGAGCAACUCUUCACCCUGCAGAGCCAGAACAGUUCAUUGUUGGUCCAGUCCAGUCGCAAGACCCUGGGGACAGACCUUCAGCGCAGAAAUGGAGACCAAAUCCAAACCGGGAUGGGGAUGGUGGCUAUUGGUGACCUUCAGUCGAUGGCCAGGGAGGAAGGGGAGGGCAUGGAAACCACGGAGACUGAAAAAUCCUCUCCAGCACAAACCUCACUGCCCUCUCUGGAGCAGCUACUUACAUCACCUGAUCCUAAACAAGAACCAUUUGUGUGGACAGUGGAGCCAACCAAAGAGGAGCUAUCUGAAAAGCUGAACACAGCCACGCGCAGCAUGGAGCACAUGAACAGCCUGCUGCACGAAACUGAGGCCACCAAUGCUAUCCUCAUGGAGCAGAUCACUCUGUUGAAGAGUGAAAUGCGACGUCUUGAGAGGAACCAGGAGAGGGAGAAAAGUGUUGCCAACCUUGAGUAUCUGAAGAACGUCUUGCUGCAGUUCAUCUUUCUCCGUUCUGGGAGUGAGAGGCAGGCCCUGCUGCCUGUCAUUCACACAAUGCUGCAGCUUAGUCCAGAGGAGAAGAGCAAACUGGCUGCCAUUGCACAGGGUGAAGAGGAAAGAAGUGGUUCUCGGGGUUCGGGGUGGGGUUCGUACCUCCACAGCUGGUCUGGAAUCCGUUAAAACUGAAGCCUAACCAAACUGACUCAAAGGACUGGGAGCGACAUUUACUGAGCCAUUUCCUGUGAGAUUAUGUUGUGAAACAUUGACCCCAUAGUUGAUGUGGUCAAUCUAUUAUAUAUCUGGGACCAAGGAAUGUAUUUAAGAGCCUGGUGGAGAUUAUUAAGACCAAAAUUAUUUAACUUGCGUUGAUAGGUCCAAGGUUUAGGUGUAUUGAUAUUUAUGUUUAUUUAUAUGGCCACAUCUUAUUGUAAAAUCUUCUUUUCAGUUAAGGGCAUUUCAGAGAAUAUAACAAAUUAAACUUGUUGCUGUAGCUAUAAUCCACAAUUAAUGGAUAUAUGAAGAGAUUAUUCUGGGACAUUUAUGAAAACUAUUACUUGAAUUUAUUUGUCAAAUGCCUGAUGAGUUUUUGUGCAGAUCCAUUCACUAAGGGCGCUUUGUGCUCGAUCAGUGGGCAUCUCAUAGCUCUUGAGUCACUUUCAAGGCUAGACAUUACUGUUAAAAUUUGUGUCUGUGCUUUAUGAGGAGACGUUUUCUUCCUCUCCAUUCCUUACAUUACAUGUGAUCAUAGUUUGUUUAAGCAAAGCGUCUCUUUAAUCUGUACAGCUUUUGCCUGAAAGAUUCAGAUAAAGUUUUAAAAGCUGCAUGGUUUUUGAUCAUAUUUACAUAAGGAAGUGUGAAAUAGUUUGGAGUUGAACUGUAUUGUAAUAUGUCUUUAUCAGCAGAUUGACUUUCUUUCAUUUCAAAUAUGUCAUAUAUUUAUGAUAAUUCACCUUCUUGGGGGGUUUAAAGGUAAAGAAAUCAUUCAAAGGAUGAGUUUUCAUCUAUAACAUGUAUCAAUGUUUGGUUUGGGAUGUUAUUUGUUCUUUCUGAAAUAUCAGUAAAUGGAGGAUGGCGCUCACGGUGGCAUCUGACAAUGCUUUGGUGCCUUUCUUUGACCAAGAAUCCAAGUCAAACCUCAUUAUUAAACUCCUUAAUAUCAUAAAUGAAUUUGAGCUUCAGUCUUGUAGUGGUAGGUGGGGAAAUAAACAUGCAUGUAAAUAUAUUCUGAAAGCACAUUCCACAAGUUAUGCCACUGGCAGUCUUGUGAGAUUCAUUCAUCACAAUGAAUGUAUAUUCUUCUCUUCUUUUAAUCCAAGUUUUUAUUUUCAUGGUGGGUUCUGUAAGCUUGGAAGAGUUGAUUACUAAUUAAAUGCAAGAUCUAAUAGAAAAUCUGUGA